UUCUUCCUUAGAAUUAGAAAGAAACUUGCCCUAAUUUAUGCGGGCAGGCCUGGUAUUCUUUCUCCGUGUACUGGCAUUUCACUUUCCUCCUUGCGGUCAGAAUUCAAGCUUUUCCGCCACUGGAGAAGGAGACGACCACCUCUCACAUUUUUCCAUCAAGCUCAUCUCCACUUCUCAACGCCCCAAUCUCGAUUUUUAGUUCUACAGGCUCAUGCCCCACCCUCAUCGUUGAUUCUUUCGUUUCUUCUCUUCCAACUGAUCUCAUUCGUGAUGGGAUCAAUGAAGGAUGAACAAUUUGCCAUGUUUGAGGAGAAGGUAAAACGGACGGUCUAUGUUGAUAAUCUCUCUCCCCAUGUAACUGAGCCUGUUUUGAGAACUGCUUUAGAUCAGUUUGGGACUGUUGUCAGUGUCCAUUUUAUUCCAAACUACACGGAGCCAAUUAAUACCUCUCAAUGUGCUCUAGUGGAGAUGAAGGAUUUGAAGGAGGCGAAAUCUGUCAUCUCCGUGAUAGCUCAGUUCCCUUUCAUGAUGUCUGGAAUGCCGAGACCGGUGAGGGCGCGCCCUGCCGAAGUAGAAAUGUUUGAUGAUCGCCCUGUCAAGCCUGGUAGGAAGAUUAGCUUUACCUGGCUGGAAAAGGAUGAUCCUGAUUUUGAAGUGGCCAAGAAAAUGAAGCUUCUUACUCGGAAACAUGUGGCUGAAGCUGCAUUCUUGUUGAAGCAUCAUUUGGCGGAAGAGGAGAAGCUUGCAAAGCAGCAACAAGAAGCACUGAAAGGAAACUACAAAAAAUAUGAGAUUGUAGAAAGUGUAAUGGCUGAUGGAACUGCCCGCAGGUUAGCAAAACGUUAUAAUAUGCGAGUUUCAGAUGAUUAAUUAAAAGCUUUGAAGCUUUGUUUUUGUAAUUCCUAAUGCCCCUGAUUUUUACUUGUAAAUUUGUAGAAAUUGCCAUUUAUAUGGCAAAAUACACAUGAAUUAAAGACUUCUUUUGUGAUUUAGAGGGAGAAAGAUAAUUAGUAUAAUACUACUAACAACACUCUUUUGGAUU